ACGCACAUGCGCGAAGUGGACAUCCAGUUUUACAUUUUAGGAAAAACUCUGUGCUAGUUAAUUUGUAAAAUAACUAAACAUUAAUAAUCUUGCACUAUUUCAAGGAUUUUUUUGUAUUAAAAUGAAUGUGACUUCGACUAUCAUAGUUUUUCUUUCAACAAUUGCUGUCAUGUCUGCUGUGCCUGUUGACGAAGCCGGGAAGCGGCAGUUGGAAAGUUCAAAAAAUAGCACACGUCCAUCCUUACGAUGUCUACCAAAUUAUGAGUUCAGAUGCCGUGAUUUUAGUAAGUGCAUUGAUUACUUUCAAGUAUGUGACGAUAAAAAAGACUGCGAUGACGGGUCAGACGAAGCGAAAUGUGAUAAAGAACCUUGUGCUGGCGUGGGUCGCAGGGUAUGUUUCCGAACAAAUCACAGCUGUUUCAGACAUGCCCAAUGCCCUGGGACAAUGAGAUGUUGUAGUGAUGAUAGUUGUGGCAAUAGAUGUCGUCGGGUUUGAGGGUUGGCGAUUGAUACAUGUGAAAGAUUAUGCACGGAAAGACAUGGAAUGAACAAAUUCUGACAACCCUUUAGGACUUGGAGAAUUUCCGAAGACUAUUUCCAAUAACAAGAUAAUUUUUCCCUUAUUGGUGUAAAAGAAUCUAUUCUUUACCAAAUGAAUUUUAAUAGCUCAUGCACACAAUAAUACAACACAAAUUACACGAAAUAAAUUUCUUUAUACAGCUG